AUGGCGGACCAAGUGCUGCGCGAGCUGGAGACGGCGGCCCAAGCAGUUUUGGCACCUCCAAAUCUUGUCUCUGCGCAGCAGAGACAGUCAGCAGAGGUAGUUUUCUUGGAAUUUCGCAAAACCAAAUCUCCUUAUCAACUAUGCAGAGAAAUUCUUGAAAGGAGCGCAAUAGAUUAUGUUCGAUUUGAGGCCACUGGUGUUAUCAAGAUUGCAUUGAUCAAAGAAUGGUCAUCAUUACCAAAAUCAGAUAUUUUAGCAUUAAGGCAAUAUCUACUACAGUACAUAAUAAGCAGACCAACAUUAGCACCAUUUGUCAGAGAAAGAAUAUUACAGGUUAUUGCUAUCAUGGUUAAGAGAGGAAGUGUUGAGGAUUUAGGGAAAGAUAGGGAGGAAAUUUUGAAUGAAGUUGAGCAACUUGUUGUUAGUGGAGAUUUACCAAGGCAACUGUUAGGCUGUAGUAUCAUAUCAGCCCUAAUGCAAGAAUACGCAACAACUGUGAAAUCAUCAGAUGUUGGACUAACAUGGGAAACACACUUCAAAGCAAAAAAGCAAUUUGAAGUCACAACACUCAAGAGAAUUUUCAAAUUUUGUGUUCAAGUACUUAGUGAAUUCAUGAAGUCUGAUAUACAAGAACCUAUGUUACCCUUAGUAAAGCAAUUAAUAGCUAUUUGUGAAGGGGUAUUGACUUGGGGAUUCAUCUAUGUUGCACUACCAAAAAGGUUAAUUGGUGUUUUUGAAGCAGUUUAUGAGUCUGACAGCAGUCCCACGCUUCGUUUGACAACUAUGUGGAAAGAUGUAAUGCUAGACCCAGUAGUCGUUCAACUAUUUUUCACAGCUUAUUGGAAAAUUCGAACAAAUCCUCAGUUGGCUCAUCAUGCAAGAAAUUGUCUGGUACAACUGGCUACCCUUAAUGGAAUUAUGAUGCAGUCUCCUGAAGUUAAAUUACAGUAUUUGACUAACUACAUGCAAAGUUUGCUUAAACUUCUAUCCAAUAUUGAAAUAAUCGAUCAAGAGGCCAUUGGUAUUGCAAAGAUAUUCAAUAAACUCGUGAAUUUCUUUCGUAAAACAAUAUCAUGUUUACCUGAGGAUAUACAAAGAUCUUUUAUAGAUUAUAUGACUAGACUGACUUGCCUUUUCACUGAAGGUGCCUCGCAAGAAGAAUCGAUGUGCGCCGACGACUGUUUGUACAUGGAGGCUUUCGAGACAAUGAUGGAGACAUGGAUCUCAGUACUUCACGAUCCACCGCUAUUUCCAACGCAGCUUUGUCAUCACAGUUCUAUUCAAAUUUUCAACACAUAUUUGCAAUAUCAUCUGUCACCACCAGACGGGACGAGAGGUUCUGGAGGCAAAGAGUUGAACAACGAAGAAAUCGAUGCCACUGAAGAAGACGACAGGACAAAAUUUAGGGAUCAAUUACAAAGUAUUGGUAAUUGCGGCAGACGAAUCCUAAGCCACUCUUUGUCACUGCUUGCUCGGCUACUUGAAGAUCGAACAACCAAGCUGAAGGAGCUACUCAAUAGGUUGGUCAGUCAACCCGAGGCUCUUAACAUCUCCGGUCUCGGUUCCGCCGAGAGUUUAUACGAAGAUCUUCAUUGGUUGGUGCUCAUUGCUGGACACGUCUUAUGUCUUGAAGCUGUUGGCGAAACACCAUUGAUGCCUGCGGAGAUUAUCCGUUACAGUAUGGAACAGACACAGCAAGGCCAAGUAGACGUCAACAUUACUCUUCAAUUACUCGCCUCACCACAGAGUAACCUGAACGACAUAAACGGUGCAGAGCAAUCAGCUGAUCACACGAUCCGUUUAAUCGUGGCAGUUUUCCGCUUGAGCGAAGUUGCAAAAAUUGCUAUCAACUCGAAUGCAGCACAACACUUGUCACCUGAACUCUGCAGUAGUAUCGCUUGGUUUUUAAAUCGAUGGUCACUUAGCUAUCUCGUCCCAAAAGAAACACUUUAUUCCGAGCUCAGUCCUACUCUCAUUCAAGCGUUUGGAGAUGAUACACCUGGAGCGUUAUGGACCAUGAAUUUCUUGUUGGAAAAAAUCGAGUGCUACAUCAAGGCCUUCAAGGGUGAACCAACAUUGAUUACCGAAACUAUUAAUCUGCUUAAUGUACUAGUAGAUACGAAUGAGAAAUCACAAACUUUGUUGAAAACCGAACGAUUUGGCAAUCUUGUUGAGCUAGCAAUGAAAAGUUUUGGACUACCUCAAGUGGCCAAACGUGGUCUUAUGAAAGCAAUCGUUCUGGUUGGUUGCGCAUUAAAAGACAACGAACGAAGUCGCCAAUAUUUUUCACAAAUUCUUGAGCCGCUGCAGAAUCGUUUCAAAGAGAUUAUCUGCAACGUAGAAUUUCCACGGAACUAUCAUAGUGAGCAAAUCCGCGUUCAAAUGGUUGAGAUUAUAGAGUCCUAUAUAGGUGUGGCUAAAGGAGUUACAAGCAACACCGCUAAAAUUGUGACUCCUUAUGCUUACUCUAUUCUCGGAGAGUUUCCACGUAUGUUGACUCUCUAUCACAACUAUCAAGAGAUCGUCCAAUUGAUACUUGAAUGUUCCAAGGUUUUCUUAUGCUUCCUAUCCGACAGUGAUAACGUCCUCGAAAUCUAUUUGCACAUACUACAGGCCUACGCGGAAUGCAACAGGAACAGAGUAACAAUAGAUGCAACGGCAGAAGAAGAUACGUUCCAGGACAUUCUAUUACUUAUGCAGUUAAUCACUCAGAUCGUCAGUUUUGACUUUAUGCUGAAUCCAUUAACAGAGACAAGACCAGGACAAAUUACACCAGCUAACGUUUUCUUUCAUGGCUUCAAUGUUAUUAUGCCAAUGAUGACGAUCGAGUUGCUGAAAUUCCCUACACUCUGUCUACAGUAUUACAAAAUGAUAACUAUCAUUUGUGAAACGUAUCCCGAAAAAGUCAUAGGUUUACCUCCAGAAAUGUUGUCGCAGAUGUUAGUGUCGAUAGAGCUGGGAUUAUACUCAUUCGGUUACAAGAUCACCAUUCAUUGUUGUGAUAUUAUUCAGGUGAUGGCUAAACACAUUUAUACAGCAGCAAUGAAGAAUCAGCAGCAGCCAAAUCAUUUAAUGAUGCCUUUCCUGAGCCUACUGAUGAACCUCAUUCUAACGCACCAAAUCAACUCGGACCUCAUCCCAAAUGCAAGCGUACCUCUGUACCAUUUGAUCUGUUGUUAUCAGGAUCAGUACAAGCAGAUCGUGCAAAAUCUAAUAAGCGAGCAACCAUCACAGUACACAAGCGAGAGGUUAGCAGCUGCAUUCAACGCUCUAGCGGUUAAUGUCGACUUUACUAACGAACGUGUUCACAUGUUCAAGUUCCGUGAUAACUUCGAUAAAUUCAUCGUCGAUGUCCAAGGUUUCCUCAUGGUCAAGUAAGCGAAAGGAAUACGAAUGUAAAUACGUACACGGCGUUUUCUUUUUUCCUUCCUUCAAUUUUUAACUUAUUUAUUCGAUCAUCAAAUGCUUUAUAAUUUACUUCUCAAUUUAUCAAAUUAUUACAUGAUGCUUUUUAUUGAGAACGAUGUGUGAACGAACGCACUUUUACUGUUUCGAUAGUAAAUUUUAACAUGACUACAGAUAUGUAAACUACGUAAAUAAGUGUAAUUUUUGCAAAACGCUCCUCUCUAUUUUUCAAAAGAUUAUAGGCAUCUUUUAAAAAUCUCAAGUAAAUAUAAAUGAUAAUAAUAAAUAUUACAUGACUGAUAUCUUAAUGUGUUACUAUUUACAAGGUAAAAACAAAAUGUGUCAGAAACUUAACUUUUUAAUCGAUUUACUUCAUUAUAUAGCACUUUAUAAAGAUAAAUAAUUGUAUAACUAUACAAUGUUUUUAUGGAAAAAAAUUCAUUAAUGCUUAAAGUUGUUUUUUUGCGGCGACAGAAGUACAUUAAACCAUCAACUUGUGUGAAUAGCACCGAGUAUAUCUAAACGAUCAAAAGUUAUAUUGAAAGUAAUUGAUAAUUAAUAAGUAUCGUGAAGUAUCGAAUUUAAAUAGUUCAUAGAUCUUAGAAAGAUCAAUAAUGCCUUAGUUUAGACAUUUUUGAAGUUCACAAUGGUCUUGUUGCUUAUAAGUCUAAAGAUGUCUUAAAUAAACGUAUCACUACCUGUUGCGUCUGUACAGUCGACUGUUCAACCACAAACGAGAUGAAUGUAAUUACUCUUAGCUGCCAGAAAAGGAAAAGACUAUGUGCGCUAGGCUGUUAUUAUGAUCUUGUACGUAAGAGUGAAAUUCCCGAGAGAAAUUGAACUUUGAAAAUUGAUUAUUCGUAAUAAAUUAAGAUAGGGACAACGAAUUACGUCAAAUCGAUAACUCUUUAUGCUUAAUGCUGCAGAUAAUUUAUAAGCAUGAUUUUUUUCCUUCGUUAUUUAAUUACGUGCAAUCUUUAUACCUUGAUAGUCAUUUCUUGCAUCUCAACGUUUUAAUUCUCACGAAAGCAACGUUACACGUUUGAGUUAUCGAUUACUAUUUUUGCGUAAUUGAAAAAUACAUUUCUUUUUUGCCGGUAAAAAAUGCUAGUGACGCUAUGGGUGCUGAUCAUCAAGUGAUCGUAAUAUUGCAUUACCGGUACAAGUUGUAUAUAAAACUAGGUUUGUAAAUAAUGAAAAGUAAGAAAUAAUCGAGAAGCAGGUGGGAAAAGUUUUGCGAACUAUUUUCAUAAGAUUUAUCGUUAGUUUAAAAAAAGAAACAAAGAAAAAGUGAAGAACGAUUAUUACUGAAUAAGACGCAGUAAACCAAAAUAUAAAACUGUCCGAACGCGUCACAUUACGUAUGUACAUAUAUAUAAACUAUAAAUGUCAAAGAGGCUGCGUAUAAGUGUCUUACUUAUUGAUCAAUUUGCGAUGUUGCGAGAGAGUGUGAUUUACUUAUUUAUUCCUUUCAAAGUUUGAUCUGAGUGUACAUUGUUUACCCCUUUGCAUUUCUUUUUUGCGGUGAUUAUUUUUUUUCUUCCUUUUUGAAUGGUUUAUCUUUUUGAGAUUGGUUUCUAAUUGUGAAAAAAAAAAACAAAAACAGUGAUUUUGUUUUGAUUGCUAUAUCGAGUGGCACGUUUCCUUUAUGCGCGUUAAAUUUUGUUUCUUUUUCUUCUUUGUGAAACGUAGGUGAAGCGUUGUUUACUUUU